GACAACAACGAGCACUUUCAGGUGUGUCACAUACCUGUAAUUGGAGUAACAGAUGUGAGGAUUUCCAUGGCAACGGCAGGUGGGUCAAGUCGUGAUCAUGGAGAUCGUAACAGUCAAGAGAGUACUAUGGAUGAAGCAUCCGUGCGAUUGUUGCCGCAGAGCGAAAGUCACAAACUGCUGGGAGAAAAUGAAAGCCCAGGAGACGGAGAUGUUGAAAUCAGCCAAUCAGAGACUGUGCUGGAUAUGUCUACCAUCGAAGCUGCCGAACAGUGUGUGCCUCAUAUUGGACACAUGGACAAAGAGGAGUGUGUCGCGCAUAUCUCGACACUACACGAUGAUGUGGAGAAAAUGUUCAAAAGAAAGGCCCCACGCUUUGAUGUCAUGUCACUGUCGUCCGAUCCUGUCGUUUCAGAUCCAAGAGGAUUUGGUGAAGAGGACUUCAGAAGUCAUCGUCAAAUGACUUUUCCACAUGUGCACCACCCACUCAAAGCACUACGCAGCCACUCCAUAAAAAAAUCUCGACCUCUCAAGGGAAUAAAAUCUAAAAAGAAAAAGAAACGGAAGUUAAAGACAGUGCGGAAUUUUCCGUCAAAGACAGCUGCUCAAAUUCCGUCGAUUCCAGAGGAAAAUGAGGACUAUGAGUUUGACGACUCAGACUCGGAGGACUCUGAAGAAGACUCCGAAGAAGACUUGGACAUCCCAGAGGAAGAAAUUCUGCGGAUUCGCCAAGAGGAGGAUGAAGUGGACUACAAGGAAAAUGCAGCUCCGAUGGAGCAGCCAGGACCGGCCCAGGGACCUGUGUCCCCCGGGGGUCACCCAGGCUCACCCCCUGGGACCAGUGUUGGUUUUUACAUCGGGGAUGAAUCUCUCGGUAAAAGGUCGGACAUGUCCGCUAAACCCUCAGGGCAGUCCAUAACCCCAGCCGCUAGCGAUGGAAGCCUUAAGCCGCCUUCACUCGGAGACCUGUCCAAGAAAGGCUCGUCCACAUCUGUGGCGGCAACGAAAUUCAAGAGACAGUCGUCCGCAGAACCUCAGCCCUCGCCGAUGUUCGAGGAAAUCGAGGACGAGCCGAUGGUAUCCCAGCAUGCAGCUCAGGUGAAUUUGGCCAGUGAUCCCGACCCUAGUCGGAAAGGAAGCAUGCAGAGUGCUGGCAGCACGGGAAAAGUACAGUUUUUCUUUGGUAAUGCCAGUGAUACAGACCUUGUGGAUAAAGGACAGACCAGCGACAAAGAAAAUUAUCCACCACGUACAUCAGGCCAUUCAGAUCCAGUUGGUCACGCACCAACAAAAUCAAGAUCCAAACACCGGCAUCACCAUCAUCAUGACCAGUUCAAAAUGGAGGACCUGUUGAUUCGCCGGCAGCCGGGCAGUGAGGUCAAGCUAGAUAAUCUGUUGAAGCGAGUUCCCACGGAGGUGGACGAGGCAUCCAUGUUACAGAAAGCAGAUCUGGAUGACAUGGCCAGUCACAGAUGGGAGGAUGUCCGUGGAAUCCGCCGACACAAAAUACAGAAGCUUAGUGGGACUUCACACACAGGGAAGAAAGAAAAAGAAAAGAAAAAAUUCCUGAAGUUUAAGAAAAAGUUUGACCACACUCCCCAUGAGGUUUUUGUGGAGUUAGAUGUUCUUCACAGCGACGCGUCCAACUGGCAGUGGGAGUGGCGAGAAAAAGCACGCUGGAUCAAGUUUGAAGAAGAUGUAGAAGAGGGUGCUGAGAGGUGGGGUAAACCUCACGUCGCCUCGCUUUCAUUUCACAGUCUGCUUGAGCUACGCAAACUCCUUGAAAGAGGUACUCUAUUGCUUGAUUUAGAGGCCACAGAUCUGCCGUCGAUUUUCCACAGUGUUGUUGAAAACAUGAUCAUAAAUGAUCAGAUCACAGAAGAAAAUCGGGGCAAUAUUUUGCGAACAUUACUGCUCAAACACAAACAUGUCAGAGACAGAAAUGAUUUUAUCCGGCGAAACAUUUCGUAUCUUAACCUCAUGGGGUUGGAGCACUCAGAUCGAAGGCACCACAAGGAUCAUUCAGUGAUUAAGAACUUCUCGACAGCGAGUUUUGGGUCGAUGGGUUUAACUGCCCGUGAAAAGGAGAAAGAUCUCCAAUCUGUGGAGAGUGGACAGAAAUUGACUGAGCAUGGAGAGUACAUGAAAUUAGAGCUGGUCAAAACGGAUGUUGACAAUGAAAUGAAUAGUGAUGGUGUCCACAUCGGCUUCACAUUACCUGAGUCACAACCUGAAGAGAAGACGAAACAAGUACAGGAGAUCAUGAAGCGGAUUCCCAAAGAUUCCGAAGCGGCCGCUGUCCUUGUUGGUACGGUUGACUUCCUGAACUUCCCAGCAAUGGCCGUCGUCCGUCUGUCUGAAGGUCAGCCUCUCAAUCUGACGGAGGUACCUCUGCCUGUCCGGUUCAUUUUCAUUCUGCUUGGGCCGCCGUUGGCCAUGGAUUAUCAUGAAGUGGGCCGGUCGUUAUCAACGCUCAUGUCCAAUCAGCACUUUCACGAAGUGGCAUACAAGGCGGACAGCCGCCAGGAGCUGCUCCACGCCAUUAACGAGUUCCUGGACGAGUCUAUAGUGCUGCCCCCUGGAGACUGGGACAGGAAAACCCUUCUGCCCAUCAUGGAUAUGGCGAGAAGACGAGCUAAUGUUAAGAGGAAGAAGAAGCAGAAGCAGGAUGAGAAAGGUUUACUGGAUGGUAAAGAUGGGAAGAAACCCCCGAUAGAUCCCCUAAAAAGGACAGGCAGACCGUUUGGAGGGCUAAUUAAUGACAUCAAACGUCGUUAUCCACACUACCUGAGUGAUUUCAAGGAUGCCCUCAAUCCGCAGUGUUUCGCGGCGUUUAUCUUUAUUUUCUUCGCAUGUUUGUCGCCGUCCAUUGCAUUCGGAGGAUUGCUAGGUGAGAAGACAGAAGGCUACAUUGGAGUUUCUGAAACCAUCUUGGCAACGUCUGCUGCAGGCGUAUUCUUUGGUCUCUUUUCUGGGCAGCCUAUUAUGAUUAUAGGUUACACAGGCCCAGUUCUGCUGUUUGAAGAAACCUUAUACAAGUUUUGUAAAUCCAAUGAUCUGGAGUUUCUACCAAUGAGGUUUUGGGUUGGAAUGUGGCUGUUCCUCAUAUGCAUGGUUGUCGUGGCAACCGAGGCGAGUUUCCUGGUGCGCUACAUCACGAGAUUCACCGAGGAAAUCUUCGCCACACUGAUCUCGCUCAUCUUUAUUUAUGAGGUUUUCAACAAACUCUCUGUAAUUUUUGCAAACCACCCCCUGAUGGAGGAGUAUUGCCCGUUAGAGGCAGACAACUCCAGCUUGCCUUCAAACGAAUCUUUCUCGGAUUACACUUAUACAUUGACUGGUUGGAACGCAUCAAAUCUGAACGACUCGUCUGUGAAUUUGUCGCCAUCGACGAAAGUAAUCAACCAGCCGAACACGGCGCUACUCUCGCUGAUAUUAUGUUUAGGAACUUUCCUCAUCGCCUACUUCUUGAGGAUUUUCCGCAACAGUAAAUUCCUUGGGCGAAGUGUUCGCCGUGCGCUGGGAGAUUUCGGGGUCGUCAUCGCCAUUUUGAUCAUGGUGCUGGUGGACUUCGCCAUAUUUACAGAUACUUACACACAGAAAUUAGAGAUCCCAAAGGGAUUGAGUCCGACGUCGCCUCAUUUGAGGGGCUGGGUGGUGAACCCAAUGGGCACCCACAAGCCCAUCCAGGUCUGGCAGAUAUUUGCAGCCAGCAUAGCCGCUCUACUCGUCUUUGUACUUAUCUUCCUAGAGUCUCAAAUCACGCAAAUGAUACUGAACAAGAAGGACAGAAAGCUUCAGAAAGGGAGUGGCUAUCACUUGGACAUGUUCCUCAUCGGCUGUAAUGCCGGGGUCAACUCCAUUUUUGGCUUCCCCUGGCUGUGUGCAGCGACCGUGCGCUCCGUGACCCAUGUGUCUGCGUUAACGGUGAUGAGUCGCACUCACGCGCCCGGGGAAAAACCCAAACUCCUCAAGGUCAUGGAACAAAGAGUGACCAACAUUUGUGUCAACAUAUUUAUUGGACUGAGUUUAGCUAUGGGGGCUAUUUUGCGAGAGAUCCCGAUGGCCGUCCUGUUUGGGAUCUUCCUCUACAUGGGCGUGUCCUCGCUUAGCGGAGUGCAGCUGUUUGAGAGGAUCAAACUUCUUCUGAUGCCUGUCAAGCAUCAUCCGUCUGUAGGAUACGUCAGAAGGGUGAAAGCGCUGAAGAUGCACAUGUUCACGUUGCUGCAGGUCGGGUGUUUGGGCGUGCUGUGGGCCGUCAAGUCCACCGCCAUUGCACUCGCCUUCCCAUUUGUCCUUAUCACAUUAGUACCAAUACGCCUGAAGUUACUGAAGUACCUGUUCACAGAGCAAGAGCUUCAUGAGCUUGAUAAAGAAGAAGAAGAUCAGGAGGAUAUGGAAGAAGAGGAUGAGCCAGACUUCUAUCAGAUGUCCCAUAUGCCAUUUUAAAACCCCAGUGUGAUUGGUGGAAAGGGGACAGCUUAUAGAGACAGCCAUGUUCAUUGGCCCACUGGGUGUCAGCAAAACAAACAGGCGUUUUCAUUUGAUGUGAGGAUUACUCCAACAGAGACUCAUGAUUUCAGAGACCGGAAGGUUGAAAGCAGCAAACACAGUUGUUUUAAUUGGUUUAGGGUGUUAGAACCGUAGUUUUCCAUUGACUGCAAGGUUAAAAGUCAUUGACAAAGCCUUGCUUAUUGGUGCAGUGAUCUGAGGCAGGCUAGAUCUGAAUGAAAUGGAAAAAGAUGUAACGUGAACAGUGAUUGGACUAGAGAAACACAGUGUUAUCAAAAGAAACCACACAUUUGAUUGGACCACCAAUUAUUUUGUUAUUUGGUUUUCAUCAAACUUUUUGAAUGUCAUAUAUGAGGGGAAUUGGCAUUGUUGGACAAUGGGUAUUGAGUGCAUGGAGCAAAGAGGCUUUUGCAUACUCGGACAAUUUAGACUUAUCUUCAGUUAGGAUAUAUAUUUUUUAUUUACCAACAUCAUUAGCAUCUGUGAUGAUAUCAUUGGGAAUGGCUGUGCUUAGGUUUCAGUUUUGUUGUAACCAGAAGAGAGCUAAGUAUUUUCUGCAAGGAUAUUUUUCUACCAAAUUGGUUGUACAUGGUUGUAGCCAGAGUGAGGUUAGUUAAUUAGAUAGCAUGCGCAGCUAUUUUUUAAUAGAAUACUUACAUGUAGAGUGGAUAGCAAAUUGACUUUCUGAGCUGUGGCCAUAAUUCAUGUCCUCCCCUCUUCUCCAGGAGUGGUACAGCCCUCAAGAGCAUUAUAGUGUGUUCUUGUGUAUACGGUCACAUAUUGUGGGCGAGUGUAUUAUUAAUUUUAGGGUAGGUAGGGGUGAACAAUAAUUGAAAUGUUGAACAGAUCAGCUGAGUGAUCAUCAAUUCUGAUGUAAUGUAUGAAGUUGAUCGAAGUGGAUAAAUAUGCUUUGGUAUGGAUGAAAUGCUUGCGUAUACCGUAUACAUCGCUUUAUUGUACAUAAAAAUGUGUGUUCUAUAUAUAUAUAUAUACAUAUAACCCUACAUGUAGCCAUUAAAUGUUUGAAUUCGGGUUUACCCGUCGUUGUUGUUUAACCUGAAAAAUGUGCAUGCAUGUAUGUGGAUCAACUGCCAUAAAGUGCCAUUGUCUUUUUUUUUUUCUUCAAAAAUGUUGUUCAUUUCUGUUAUAUUUAUUUGGAUUUUUUUCUCCUUUAUUUGUCCUGUUUUAUCCUGACUGAGUUCCUUAUGUGCUUGAUUUUUGUAGUGUUUCUCAGUGUAUCAGUGAUCAGUAAAUCACGGGAGACAUUUGUGUGAAAUUUUACCUUGUCCCAUCAUGAAAAAAGACUUUGUUGCAACAUUUAAUCAAACAACAUCAUGUGGACACAUAAACCAAUCUUGUGUCCCAGCUAUGGCUUUCAUAUAAUUUAUGCGAUUUGGCUGAUUUGAUUUUAUGCUAUUUGAUCUUCUGAAAUGAUUUGAUGGCAUUUCAAAUAACAACAUUGAGAUUUGUGUACAUUAUGGCAAUUGAAUUUUUGCUGUUAAGGCAUGGGAUAGAAUUUGAGUUAAUGCUGUUCUGAUGUAUAUAUAUUGGAUCACACGAGAUACAGUAUGACAAAUGAGUUCGCUACUCGGAUGUUAGAUGCCACAGGCAUGACAAUUGGUGCUAAUCAUGUCACAUGACAGUUAGUUUGAUUCUUCAGAAUGUAAAUGCCCAAUGAUGCUGUCAUAAUAGACUAAGAUGAAUGCCAUCCCAGUUGUUGCCAUCCAGCAGGAUGGAAGCCAUACCAUUUGUUGCCAUUCAGAUGGUAACCAUCCCAAUUAUUGCCAUAAAGAUGGAUGCCAUACCAGUUGUUGCCACCCAAGUACUUGCCAUCCCAGUUGUUGACACAAUGAUGGAUGCCAUAUUAAUGGCUGCUAUCCAAACAGUUGCCAUCCCAAGUGUUGCCACACAGAUGGAUGUCAUACCAAUUGUUGCCACCCAGAUGGUUGGCAUACCAAAAGGAUGUCUGCGGGUUACAAGCUGUCCCAGACAGCCCAAAACUGUGUAAUGCUUUAUUUCCGGACCCAGAACUCUGAAACAUCACCUGUUCCCCCGUUCCCCAACAGGCACACCCAAUCUUUUCCUGCCCCAAAUGUACAAAAACCUGCUUUUUGGAUCGAGUAUGUAGAUGAAACCUUAAAAGAUGAAAAGUAAACAUUUAUGAUUAAAUAUGCUGUAGUUGUUAAUGACUGAAAACGCCUUCUUGAAAGCCCAGUGAAAUGUACUUGUUUUUGAAAUUAUAGGAAACUUACAGAACAAGUUUAAUUUACUUAAAUCAUAGUUGCUGCAUACAUAAACUUACAUUUCUCCUCUCCAUUUUGUUUUAUGGUUAUUUAUUUCCGAUUUCACUUUGUUUCAUGGCUUUUUUUUUUAAAAUAUUUUUCUUUGGGAUAUAUUGUUUGUGGUAACUUAGUUUUGUGUGUAUAUAGAGUCUUUAGGAUCAAGUGACCAAAAUGUAAUCAUAUCUGUAGCAAUUAAAGUGUAUACAUGUGUACGGUGACUGAAAACUGUGUGCUUGAGAAUUGUUGAAAGUGUAUAAAGAAGUGUAGAUAGCUGUAAAAAAAAAAAAAAUCAAAACUUAAGUUUUGUUCAUUAAAUCAUUUUGUAACCCCAUUUUUUUUUUUUUUUUUUCAAAUGUCCAUUUUUUGCCACAGAUUUUGCAGUUGCCAUGCUUGGUAAGGUUUGAAGCAAAACAAUCCGUGUGCGUUAAUGUAGAAUUUGUCGGUAAAAUUAAUCAGAUGAUUUCAGUCUGUUUCUGUAUAUAAUGAUUAUUACUAUGUCUUGUGGGAAAAGUGAAUGUAAAAAAAAAAAAUAUGUAUUUUGCAUUACUAUUUGUGCAUAGUUGGUUCAGCUAGAUACGGAAUUAUGACUGUGAACUGUCACUGACUUCUCAUUUGUCUGUUCAUCAAAAUAUGGAAUUAUGAUUGAACUAUCACUGACUUCUCAUUUGUCUGUUCAUCAAAAUAUGGAAUUAUGAUUGAACUAUCACUGACUUCUCAUAGUCUGUUCAUCAAGAUAUGGAAUUAUGAUUGUGAACUAUCACUGACUUCUCAUAGUCUGUUCAUCAAGAUAUGGAAUUAUGAUUGUGAACUGUCACUGACUUCUCAUAGCCUGUUCAUCAAGAUACGGAAUUAUGACUGUGAACUGUCACUGACUUCUCAUUUGUCUGUUCAUCAAAAUAUGGAAUUAUGAAUGUGAACUGUCACUGACUUCUCAUUUGUCUGUUCAUCAAAAUAUGGAAUUAUGACUGUGAACUGUCACUGACUUCUCAUUUGUCUGUUCAUCAAAAUAUGGAAUUAUGAUUGUGAACUGUCACUGACUUCUCAUUUGUCUGUUCAUCAAAAUAUGGAAUUAUGAUUGUGAACUGUCACUGACUUCUCAUAGCCUGUUCAGCAAAAUAUGGAAUUACGAAUGUGAACUUACUUUUGUCAGUACGACCUUAUGAAAAUAUCAUACAUGAAAGUAAUUAACUGGCUAUAAAUCGCUUACUCGGCACAUCACAGGACACGCGGCUUUCGACAUAGAAGGGAAAUAUCAACUGCAGUGCUUCAAAAAACAAAAAAGUGAAAAAGAAAAAAAAAACCUGAAUUAAAGUGAAAAAGAUAUAUAAAAUUCUGUUAAAAAAAAAAUCCAGUGGAAUUCAUCUGUUCAACCAGUGUAACACUAGAUUUUUACUGGAAUGAGACAUUGGUGACCAUUGUGUCAAACUUCGAUCGGUUACCAGAUCGCAGUUAAGUGACCAGUUGUGCUCUUUUGGUGGCUAUCUUAAAAAUGGUCUUUUUAUAUCUUUAGUAAGAGUGUUCAAACCUUAAGUGUCAAUCUUCUGUUAAAUUUGUUGGGAUUUAAUGAGGCACAAAGUUUGUAGAAACUCAGAUAUCCAUAAUCAAGACAAAAAAGUAAUCGUUUCAGUUACAGUUUGCUUUCAUGUGCUGCCCUUUUGUUUCAAUCACCAAAUCAAAUGUGAGUAGGGCCAAUGGAUUUCCACUAUGUUAUCUGUGAUUUCUGCUUCAGCGUUUGGGGGAACACAGUGGCUAUGUAAACUGACAGGGGUGGUCAUCUCAACAAAGAAAAAAAAAGAAAAGGGUUACCUAUAUUCCAGAGUAAUGUGUGUGUCCAGUCAAUUUGAGUCGCACUGUCUUUGUUCACUGUAUGUGGUGCGAAUGCAUUUGUGGUUGGGCCAAGACCGAUGUGUACAGUUGAUGAACGUUGAGGAUUAAAGUCACUGGGUGGUGGGGGGGGGGACCAUAAAAUGUGCGAUAUUAUAACUGACAUGGUUCCCUUUUUACCUAUCUGUUAGCAUUUGAAGCAUAUUACUUUGCUGUAAUACUUGUAUGGCAUAAAAACAAAUGAUUUGCAUAUUCCAGUGAACAUUUUGGGGGGGUGUGUCUUGUCGGUUGCGUUUACAGAAAUUUAUAUAUUCAUACUUUCAUUGUGGCCGUGGUAUUUCCUUGCUGUGCCGUGGCCAAAUCCAUUCUUUUUGAUACAUAAUAUUUUUAACCGUAAAUUUGACUGAAAGAUUUAUGUAAAAUUUUUGAAGGCAUUUGCCAGAGAUUAUAUAGUUUUUUUUUAUCUUUCCAAGAUUAACGAUGUCUAAUAAUUAAAGUUAAUUAUGGAUUCUUACUCAAGGAUUAUAAUAUUCCCCAUAAGAAAAAUGUCUUUUUUUUGUUAUUAUCAGAAAUGCAGAUAAAUUAGUAGUUUUCACAGAAUCUCAGACAAUUUUAAUUUACCCUAAAUGACUUAAAAUUUCGCCAGUGAAAGUGCAUUUUAAGACAUUGAUCCUAAUAAUUCUGUCUUGUUGGGGUGAAAAUUCAGGACAAA